AUGACCGUGGUGUGCGAAGUUGCCAGUGCAUUUGAGGAACCUCCAGAAGUUCAGUAUGGCUGGAACAUAGAGUGUAUGUCAGAGGGAGUGCAGACUGGGGGAAGGAUAGGACUGGAGGGGAGUGAAAGCAUAGGAAAUGAAUCUUUCAGCACCGACUAUGAGUACCCUGUGAUGAAGAAACUGAGCCCCCUCCAGCCGAGAGGGGCUCGCGUGGAGGAAUGCGGCUCGGCUGCCCUUGAGUUGAAUGAUGAUCGUGGACCUUUGGAAUGUCCACAAAGCCCCACACCCUCAGCCUCCCCAGUCUCCCUCCUUUGCCGGGUAACAGAUGGCCCCAGCUUUCACCAGCCGGGCCUGAACACAUUGUCACUCCCAGCUGAAAGUAACAUAUAUUGGACAGAUCAUGGUUUCAACUUAAUUGAAGUUGCAAGACUCAAUGGCUUUUUUCGUUAUGUAAUAAUUUCCCAAGGCCUGGAUCAACCAAGAUCUAUAGCUUUGCACCCAGAAAAAGGCUACCUGUUCUGGACUGAAUGGGGACAGAUGCCCUGCAUUGGAAAGGCUCGCUUAGAUGGCUCAGAGAAGGUUGUCCUCGUGAGCAUAGGAAUAGCAUGGCCAAAUGGUAUCUCCAUUGACUUUGAGGAAAAUAAAUUGUACUGGUGUGAUGCUCGAACAGACAAGAUAGAGAGAAUUGACCUUGAGACUGGCGGGAAUCGUGAGAUGGUGCUGUCAGGGAGCAAUGUGGAUAUGUUUUCAGUUGCAGUCUUUGGGGCUUACAUCUACUGGUCUGACAGAGCACAUGCCAAUGGGUCCAUCAGAAGGGGCCACAAGAAUGAUGCCACGGAAACCGUAACCAUGAGAACGGGUCUUGGAGUCAACCUGAAGGAGGUUAAAAUCUUUAACCGAGUAAGAGAGAAAGGGACCAAUGUUUGUGCCAAGGACAAUGGGGGAUGUCAGCAGCUCUGUCUUUAUCGAGGAAAUUCCCGGAGAAUUUGUGCUUGUGCCCAUGGAUAUUUGGCAGAAGAUGGAGUUACAUGCCUCAGGCAUGAAGGCUAUUUGCUGUAUUCAGGGAGAACAAUAUUAAAAAGUAUACAUCUUUCUGAUGAAACCAACUUAAAUUCACCAAUCAGGCCAUAUGAAAAUCCACGUUAUUUCAAGAAUGUUAUAGCCCUGGCUUUUGACUAUAAUCAAAGAAAAGGUACCAAUCGAAUCUUCUACAGUGAUGCACACUUUGGAAAUAUACAGCUUAUUAAAGAUAACUGGGAAGACAGACAAGUCAUUGUUGAAAGUAAGUACAACAUUUUUUCUUAAAAUAGUUUAGUGGAAACGGGUAUCAUUUGGAGUAGCAGAGAAA